AUGAGAGAAAUCGUGACGAUUCAAGUUGGAGACUUCGCAAACUUCAUUGGCUCCCACUUCUGGAAUUUCCAGGAUGAAUUGCUCGGAUUGGCGAGUGACCCAGAAAGCGAUCCAAUCUUCCGAAAUCAGAAUCUCGACAUGGACGUUCUCUACCGGUCCGGUGAGACCCAACAGGGAGUCUCUACAUACACUCCUCGUCUGCUUUCAGUCAACUUUAAAGGGUCACUAGGCUCUAUGAGCUCACGCGGUACUCUCUACAACGAAGGUUCUUCAUCAAGAUCAGAUUCUUCUAAAACCUGGUUUGGUGAUGUGGAUACUCAGAGAUCUGAACCUCGAAAGAAGAACUUGUUUCUGCAAAGUCUGUACGAGGAAGAAGUUGUUAAAGUAGGGAAAGAAAAGGCCACAGAGAUUGAGGACAAAGACAUUGUUGGAUGCUUAGACGAAGAAGUUGAAUGUUGGACUGACUUCUCCAAAUCCCAUUACCAUCCUCAAAGUCUAUACGAGCUUAGCGGAUUAUGGACAGACUCUCAGGACUUCAACAACUACGGAAUUGGCAAAGACGUCUUCUCUGAGGCUUCACGUGGAGAGGAAAUAUGCGACAGGCUCCGCUUCUUCGUUGAGGAAUGUGAUCAUAUUCAGGGUAUCAAGUUCCUUGUGGAUGAUUCUGGAGGAUUUUCGGCUGUUGCAGCAGAUUUCCUAGAGACCAUUGCUGAUGAUUACACCAACAUUCCUGUCUUGCUUUACUCCGUGAGGACUCCAAUGUCUCAGAUGAGUGCUAGCAGCUCGAAGAAGACGGUUUCAAACAAGCUUCACGACGCUAUAUCGUUCUCUCGCCUCUCGUCCUUUUGUAAACUCUUCACUCCGAUCGGUUUACCAUAUUUGAGCGGAAGUAAAGCAUCGAAAUUUCUUAACUUUGGAGAUGAGAAGCCUUAUCGAAGCAGUGCAGUGUAUGCUGCUGCUCUACAUUCAAGCACGAUCCCUUUCAGAAUGCAACCAUCAAGCUCAAGCUCGGAUUCAAGUGAAGUGUCUAAUGCCAUGGAUGUUAACACACUUGUGCAGCUUCUAACGGGACGUGGUAGACAAAACAUGGUGGCGAUUUUGGAUUCCGCAAUGCCAGCUCCUAAGCAGUUAGAGAAGACGCUUUUAACGGAUUUGCAGUCGCUUACACCGGAAGUAACCGAAGAUGAAGAAGACGAGCAAGCGAUUGAGUCAAUGUGUAUACUUGGAGCUCUAAGAACAGAAGAUAAAGAAGCAUCGGUUUCAGAAGUGAAGAAUGCAGUCGAUGCAGCUUAUGAACAGAGUAAGAAGACGAAACCGUUGUUCUGCAAUCUGUCUGUUUCACGUUGUCCUCUUCCGGUGCCGUUACCGUUUCCUUCUAUAUUUGGAAACCUUGUUGGGAGGAAAGGUGAGAUCUUGAGCAGUCCGGUGGUCUCGGAGUCUUUGUACAGAGGCUCGCUUGAUGUUCACUCGUUGCCAGUUGCAGCAAGAUGGAGAUCGUCGACUGCGAUUUUGCCGUUCUUGGAGAGUAGAAUGGGGAAUCUAGAGAGACUUGGGAUCCAAUGGGGAGCUAUGGGAUCAGAUGUGGUAAGGUCAUGGGGAUUUGGGAGAGAAGAGUUGCAGGAAAUGAGAGAGAAUCUGUCAAAAAUGGUGUCUGAGCUUAGUCCUCAGUUUUUGAUAUCUUCGGAUUCAGAUUAG